AUGAGCGAAUUAAUUGUAUUUGAUUCAAAUCACACCAAAUCAAUUAACGAUUGUGAAUUAGAUUAUUAUAGCAAGAAAUUGGCAACAUGCUCUAAUGACAAUACUGUAAAAAUAUUUGAUGUAAGUUUGGCAAGAGAGCCUGUAUGUAUAGCUGAGAUAAGAGAUCAUACUUCUGCUGUUUGGAAGGUAUGUUGGUCUCAUCCAAAAUAUGGAAGCUUGUUAGCUAGCUGUUCUUAUGAUAAAAGUGUUAUAAUAUAUAAAGAAGUGAGUAUAAAUAGAUAUGAUAUGAUAUAUAUAAAUAAUGAACAUAAAAGUAGUGUUAAUUAUAUUGAAUGGUCUCCAUCGGAAUAUGGUUUACAUUUAGGAUGUGCAUGUUUAGAUGGGACUUUAAGUAUAAUAUCUUAUAAUUUUAAUAAAGGAUCAACUGAAGGGGGUUGGUAUAAAAAUAGUGUAAGAGCCCAUUUAAAUGGUGUAUCAUGUUUAAGUUGGGAAAAGCCAUUUAAUUUGAUAUCAGAAAAUAAAAACUUAAAUGAUACUAAUGAUGCUAUAAAUUCAUUUAAAUUAGUUUCUGGAGGAUAUGACAAUCAAGUUAUUAUAUGGAUGUUUGACAAUAAUACAAAAGAGUUUCAUAAAAUAUUUCAAAUGAAUGAUAAACCUCAUAAUUCAUUAAUAAAAGAUGUUGCAUGGAGGCCUAAUUUAAAUGAUUCUACAAAUAUGAUCGCAUCUUGUUCGGAUGAAAAAAUCGUUAUAUUAUGGAUAGAAGAUGCAAGUAAUAAUAGGUGGAAAAAUGGGCAAAUUAUAAAAUUGGAACAUAAAGUUCAUAAAAUUAGUUGGUCUCCAAAUGGAACUAUAUUAGCAAUAGCAUGUAGCAAUGAAAAUUCUUAUUUAUAUAAAGAAAAUAUGGAAGGUGUUUGGGAAGAAAUAUGUAAUUUAUCAGAUAAUGAAAAGAAAAAAAUGAGCGAAAGCGUUGCUAAUGUUAAUAAUGUCGAUGUACCCCUAGAAAAUACUGAUAACAUGAAUGUAUAUAAUAACAAUCCACCAUAUAUGAAUACAGAAGGUCAACAUAUGUUAAACAAUAAUAUGAAUUAUUCUAAUCAAAUAAAUAAUAUGCCAUAUGGCAAUGAAAUGGUAGAUAAUUCUAAAAUUCCUAAAAAUAUGAAUGUAAAUAAUCCAAUGAUGCAAGAGGAACAAAACAUGUUAAAACAUUCAUCAUUACAAGGUCCACCUCCAACUAUACCAAAUAAUACAUUUAAAAAUAAUCCCUAUGGCCAAGGAACUUCCCCCCUUGCUCCACCUCUAAACCCUAAUCCAAUGAAUCCAAAUAUGGCUCCUCCGAAAAACGUCCCAUUAGGUUCUGUACCCCCACCACAACUAAACCCAAUUGAGAAAACUCAAUCUUCUGAUAAUCCUAAUUUUCCAGGCCAACAAAUACCAAACCAAAUGAACAAUGCAAGUGGUGCAUUGAAAUAUCCUCCAGAUCAACAAACACCUCAAAUGCCAGUAAAUAAUAUGCCUAAUAAUAAUACAUAUAGUUUUAACCCAAUGAAUAAUAAGCCAAAUAUUCCUCCAUCGCCUCCACAUAUGGUUGGAGUACCAAAUGCCCCACCAAUGGGACCACCACAUGCAGCAUUUCAAAAAGGAUCUACUGAUUCAUUACAAUACCCACCCCCAAUUCCAAAUGCUAAUAAUAAUAUGAAUAAUAAUUCACAAAUUAUACCACCAAAUUUUUCAAAAAUACCAAACCCAAUGAAUCCAGGUCAAUUUCCAAAUAUGAAUGAAAAUAAAUCGAGUUUUAGUUCACAGCAAAUACCUGGUCCACCUCCUCCAGCAUUUCCACCAACAUCUAAUGAAACAAGUGGAAUGAAUAAAGUUGGAAAUUUUCCAAAUUAUAAUGCAAAUAUGAUGAAUAAUCCAAAUGCUCCUCCUCUAAAAAAUAUGAGUACAAGCAAUUGCCCACCAAUGAAUUAUGGUCAAUCCCCACCACCUCCAAUGAAUCCAGCAAAUGAUCCAAAUUAUAUGAAAACAAAUAUGCAGUAUAAUUCAUAUCCUAAUUAUAAUUAUCCACGUCAAUGA